GCCACCCUUCUAAGUGAACAACCCUACACGGCGAGAAGUCAGUUCUCUUGCGAGAAGAACCAAAAAAAAGAAAAAACCAUGUUUUUUCACAUAGUAUUGGAGAGGAACAUGCAGUUGCAUCCACGCCACUUCGGUCGUAACCUGCGGGAAAACCUGGUAUCCAAGCUCAUGAAAGAUGUUGAGGGCACAUGCAGUGGUAGACAUGGUUUUGUGGUGGCAAUAACGGGUAUAGAGAACGUUGGAAAAGGUUUAAUUCGAGACGGGACGGGGUUUGUGACAUUCCCUGUCAAGUAUCAAUGUGUUGUGUUUAGACCAUUUAAGGGGGAGGUCUUGGAAGCUGUUGUUACUAUGGUGAAUAAGAUGGGAUUCUUUGCAGAAGCUGGGCCUGUUCAAAUUUUUGUUUCCAACCAUUUGAUUCCAGAUGAUAUGGAGUUUCAGUCUGGAGAUAUGCCAAAUUAUACUACCUCUGAUGGAUCGGUUAAGAUUCAAAAGGAUAGCGAAGUGCGCUUGAAGAUAAUUGGAACUCGCGUAGAUGCUACUGAAAUAUUCUGUAUUGGUACCAUAAAGGACGAUUUCUUGGGUGUGAUUAAUGAUCCCACAACAGCUUAGUCAGAUGUUGGAUAUUGUCCUGUUGCAUGAGAAUGUUUCGGUUUCCCAUGGUCUUGUAACUCUCUUGGGGUGCUUCUCUUGUAUAUUUUCCAUGGACAUGGAUUCUUUUAAAAUUUUCAAGCUAUUUGGCAAAUCAAGAUGAAAUGAAUGGUUGGGUCAAUUGACUUUUAAAGAGUCUCUGAAUUAUUCAAUCAAAUUUUAUCUAUUAGUUAUCUUAUUUAUACCUAAAGAUUAAAUGGAAGUGAUUCAAGUUCA